AUGGCUUUUCGUAUAUGUGCUUACUUAUUCUGCGUUUUUAUAAGCCUUGUUUUAUGUAGCCGUGAUGUUGAAGUAAAAACUGAAGAAGAUUUAGGUGUUAAAUUUGCGAAUCGAUGCGAAGUAUGUAAAAUAUUAGCGACUGAAUUGCAAGGUAGGCUUGAAGAAACCGGCAAAGUUCAUGACGUGAUUGAAAUUGGAUAUUCCUUAGACGAUGUGAAACCUAAAAAGAAGACAAAGUAUGAGAAGUCGGAAUUACGUUUGAUAGAAUCUAUAGAAGGUGUUUGUGAGAAAAUACUAGAGUAUAAUAUACACAAAGAGCGCGAAGACAGCACUAGAUUUGCGAAAGGCAUGAGUCAAACAUUUAAAACUUUACAUGGACUUGUUGAUAAGGGUGUGAAGGUUGAUCUUGGCAUACCACUUGAAUUGUGGGAUAAACCCUCCGCUGAAAUUACGCAAAUGAAAUCACAAUGUGAGAGUCUGUUGGAAGAAAAUGAAGGUGCCAUAGAAGACUGGUACUGGAAUCACCAAGGUGAAGUGGAUUUAAAGCAUCACUUGUGUACCGAACAUGCCUUGAAGAACACAGACAACUCCUGCCUUUUUGAUGAUAUUAAAACCAAAGGAGAUAAAACAGAAAGAGAGGAUUUGUGA